UCCGGCGAAAACGAGAGCAACGUUUAACGCCGGGUUUGUUUUUUCCCACCAAAAAGCGGCAAACAUUUUCGAUGGAUCGGCAGGCGUUUUGUCCGACAACUUUUGGGUUUCUCGAUCGAGAAGCACAAGGGGUUUGAAGCAGCAGUACAGACCGAGACGCAUGGAAAAGGAGGAGACUGGUGCAGGUAGGCCUGAAUUCGCCGCGCGUACGUUUCGUCUUCGGCCUCGUCUCGGCGUGUGCUCCUUAAUUAAACCACUGCAUGCAUGCACCCACCCACCAUGGUCUAUGGCAUUCGUAACGGAUUGAACGCCACCGGCUCGACCGCCGAUGCCCAAUGGGCCUCUCCGCCGCUCGCCUCAGCCGCUUCGCCGUCGUCGUCCUACUCCUCUGCCUGUGCGCGCCCUUCUGCAAGCCAGAGCCAGAUGGUGACGUGCCGAUCGACCCCUUGCCGGGCUUGCCAUCGAGAUCCCUGCGCUGCUUCGACGACGGCCAGGUGUACAGCUGCUGCGAGGGCGCGUACAGGCUGAACCCGUCGGGGGUGAUCGCCGUGCCGCCCGGGGAGGUGGACAGCUACUGCGGCGGGGCGUGCGUGGUGGAGACGGAGGACGUGCUCAACUGCGUGGCGAGCGCGCUGGACGGCUUCCGGUUCUUCAACGGCGCCUCCGUCGAGGACGCGCGCUACGCGCUCAGGAGGGGAUGCAGCCACACCAUCAAGAGAGGGGACUUCAACGACUUGGAGCCGCAGAUGGGAGACUACCCGGACAUCUACGGCGACAACAGCAGCGACGGCGGCGAGGACAACGCCGCUUCGCCGCGUUUGCUCGCGUUUCUUGGCGCCGCCGCCGCCGCCGCAUGGCUGCUGCUCUUUGGUCGCUGAGCAGGUUGCAUCGGCGGCCUUAAAGACUGACGCUGUCAUGCUACUCCGUACUGAUCAGGCCUACUCCGUACUGAUCAGGCCGGUUUUAACGGUGUUAAUUCAGUGCUGAUUUUGCUCUCA